GCUGGCUGGGCAGGGACUCUUACUUUGAAAUACGUGCAUGAAUCAUCCUCUCGGUUUAGAUGGGGGUGGAGAUUACUUGGUCGCCAAAAGCACAAACAAUUUUAACUGUCAGCUUUUCUGCUCUUUCGAUUUCUCCAUAUUUUUUCUUGCAGGAAAAAUUUCAGGAUUUCCCGAUUGUUGUUCUCAGCUGGGACCAUUUGCUGAAUGGAGGUGUUUGAUAGAGCAGUGCCAAGGAAAAGAUCCAUGAUUCACAAUUAGUGAUGUUCAUAGCUGAAGUGUACACCAUUGCGUGGGAACAGUGGUAGAAGCUUAAGGAUCUUUCACCUGGCAGUCAGUCAGUUUGAAUUACAGAAACCUUAAAGGAAUAUGAAUCGUGCCAAUAGAAUGGAAAGACCAAGCAAUCAAGAAUCUUCUCGUUUGACUGAAGAUGUAACUACUAAUUUCCAAGAUCUGGAAGAAAGCAACUGGAAACAGGGCAGCCAAACAGUUAGCACUUCUUCAUUAUUCAGAAAUAAGGGAGGUAAAAGGAAUCAAGACAACUAUUCUUGUCAAGAGCAGUUUGGGAAUACUUUCAGCAGCAUGAACAACGGGGCACAAAGCCAGGCACCAGAGAAAGUGACUCUUGUUGUAGAUGGUACAAGAUUUGUUGUAAAUCCCCAGAUUUUCACCGCUCAUCCUGAUACAAUGUUGGGGAGAAUGUUUGGACCAGGGCGAGAAUAUAAUUUCACUCGGCCAAAUGAGAAGGGUGAAUAUGAAAUUGCAGAAGGAAUCAGCUCUACUGUCUUCCGGGCUGUACUGGAUUAUUACACAACUGGAAUCAUUAAUUGUCCUGAUGGGAUUUCUAUUCCUGAUCUUAGUGACACAUGUGACUAUCUUUGCAUCAACUUUGACUUCAACACAAUCAAGUGUCAAGAUUUAAGUGCGUUAUUACAUGAACUAUCCAAUGAUGGGGCUCACAAGCAAUUUGACUGUUAUCUGGAAGAGCUAAUACUACCGAUAAUGGUGAACAGCGCCAAGAAAGGAGAACGUGAGUGUCACAUUGUUGUGUUAACUGAAGAAGACAUAGUGGACUGGGAUGAAGACUAUCCGCCUCCAAUGGGAGAAGAAUACUCUCAAAUCCUGUAUAGCUCUAAGCUCUACAGAUUUUUCAAGUACAUUGAGAACCGGGAUGUUGCAAAAACUGUGUUGAAAGAACGUGGCCUGAAAAAUAUUCGAAUUGGCAUUGAAGGUUAUCCCACCUGUAAAGAGAAAGUGAAAAGGAGGCCUGGAGGACGCUCGGAGGUCAUCUAUAACUAUGUGCAACGCCCAUUCAUCCAGAUGUCUUGGGAAAAGGAGGAGGGGAAGAGCCGACACGUUGAUUUCCAGUGUGUGAGAAGCAAAUCUCUAACAAACCUUGUCAUGGUGGGUGAGGAUGUGGCGGAAGAUCAGGAGAUGCCACUACAUCAUCCUCCCCAGGUGGAUGAACUUGACCGACUAAAUGCUCCAUUUUCCCAAAUGGAUCCUGACGUUCUCCCAGAUUAAUACUCUGGCUACCUGCAAAUAGAUUUUUGUGUACGCGCUAGAUCAGGACUGAAUCCCCAGGGCAGCCUGCCUUCAGCUUCUUUACAAGCUGUUCUGUUCUAAAGUAGUUCUGCUCUCUAAAUGCAGUCUCUUCAAGCAGGGAGGACAAAUGUUAUCAUUAUCUUCUGCUGGGCACUCCCAAGCAUCCUUCCAAAAUGACACGGACUGAGACUCAGUUAUACCUUUCAUCCCACAAAAAAAAAGGUCAUGUUUCUGGCAAUGGAAUUAGAAGAAAUUUCUUUUAGAAGAAAUUACCCAGUCAUAAAAAGACACUGUCUUAAUUUGCAGUGUGACCAAUUCCUCUAUAAUAGUAAUAUCAUUAUCAGCAAGAACAAAAGACAGUAAGUUGCAUGUGGAGUGCCCAUUCCAAGAACGAAAGCCUCUCUUGGGUUCACAGAAAGCCCCCGGGUCCAGUGAAAGAGGGUAACCGAGCCACUGUCUUACCCCCUACAGCCCCUUGUUGCCUUUCAUCCAGCUGCAAAGAAUCCCCAGCCUUUCAAACAGAUUUUCAGGAGGCUUAAGGACAUCAGCAAGAAGGAAUCCCAAAGAAUGCCUUCCUGAUCUUGUUCCUCUAGAGCAGCAGUUCCCAACCUUGGGUCCCCAGAUGUUCUUGGACUGCAACUGCCAAAAAUCCUAGCCAGCAUAGCUAGCAGUGAAGGCUUCUGGGAAUUUUAGUCCAAGAACAUCUGGGGAUGUUCCCAAGGUUGAGAAACUGUGGUCGAGAGCAUGCAUGCAGUGCUCUGCAUCCAACACUGUGGCUGUUUUCAGUGAGGUGGAAUGCACCCCACACACUGAGAGCACAUGCAGUUUAGCAUGAUUCUUCAUUUCCUUUUUUCCCCCCAGCGGCUCAUAUGCCAACUCUAUAAACUGCUUCUUUAUCUCAGGGAGCUGCUGCAGAGAAAAGGAAAAUGCAGGUGUGGAAGUGCACACAGACUGGCAUGAUGGCUUAAACAUGAGAGAUUUUGAGCAUGGGAGGAACAUCGCUCACACAGUUUCCUACUUAAUAUGCAAACUGCUCUUUCUUUGGGAUAAAGACAGUACUCUUCAAGAAACCAAAUGCCAACCUGCACAACCACAAAAUGCUGCAUUUUCAAUUCAGGACAGUUAUUUUUGUCCAUAUACUAUAUGUAUUUAUAUGUACGUACGUGUUUACAUAGAUAUGCAAUAGUUAAAGAAUUUCAGCACAGAAUGUUAAAUCUGGAUCAGAUGAAAUGUCAAAGUUCUUGAUUUGCAGACAUCAAACUAAGAGGAAUAGCUAUAUUGACAUGUUGCAUCUGUAAUCUGUUAUUUCUUCUAACGGUUCCAUGGUUCAAAUGUGUUAAACCUACAGCACAUGGUUAAAACCACAGGCUUUGUGAAAAACAAAAACAAAAGCUAGGUCCUUUUUUUUUCUCUAGUUAGGGAACUGAUUCCUUGAUCCUCUAAAAGGGUUGCAUAGCACAAAGGGUGGCGCUGCAAUUGCAUUGCAAAAGUUCACCAUUUCAACAGCAGAG